AUAUAUUUAUAUAUAUAUAUAUAUAUGGAAGGAGGUGGUGAGAAUGAGAAACUAAGAGUUUGACAUUGGUUCGAGCAGGAGAAAGAAACAAAAGAAGCUUACAAUCAAUGAGUGGAGGAGGAGGACAAGCUGAGAAGAAAAAGAAAUAUACGGCUCCAAGUGAGAAAGAUGAACAUGAGAAUGUAAUUAUACCACCACGAGACCUGAAAAUAGCAUGGGGCUCCGAUGACACUCAGUGGGAAAUUGAGAAGGGAAACAUAGAGGAAGAGAGCUAUGCAGAAGCAAUCAAAGUGACAUGGCUUGAAGUAAAAGCAAUAUACAAGGGGGCAAAAGCAGGGAGCAAAUAUAGGAUUGGGUUCAAAGUCGGCCUAAAGCCUGAUGCGUUUGGGUGGGAUAACAGUCCAGUGUUCCUGAUGGCUAAGGUUGGAGAGUCAGGAUCCUACGCUUGGAAGAGGCUUUAUUUCAAUACCAGGGAUCUCAAAACGAAGGCUGUCAACUUUCCCAGCAAUUUCGAGAUCAAUAUUCCAAGCUCAGCUGAGGACACCACCCUGUACUUUGGCCUUUAUGAAAUCUGGGGUGGCAGAUGGAAGGGAGGCUUGCGCAUAUAUCAUGCCUUUGUUAAUAAAGUUUGAUCCAACCUUUUCUCAUCACAUUCUCUCUUUUACUAGAAUACUUAUCUCUAAACUUGACACUACCCUCUCUUUAUCUAUGUGUGACCACUCUUUUCUUUCUUCUUUCACUCUUUGACCAUUACAGUUGUAUGUUACCAUCUAAAUAAUCCAUACAAUCUCAUUUAAACUCCA